AUGGGCAAGAUAAUUUUCUACGAGGACAGGAACUUCCAGGGCCGGAGCCAUGAGUGCAGCAACGACUGCACCGACCUGCACUCCUACUUCAGCCGCUGCAACUCCAUCCGGGUGGAGAGCGGCUGCUUUAUGAUCUACGAGCGGCCUGGCUACAUGGGCCACCAGUACUUCAUGAGGAGGGGCGAGUACCCCGACUACCAGAGGUGGAUGGGCUUCAGCAGCUGUAUCCGCUCCUGCCGACUGAUCCCCAUGUAUCGCGGCUCCUACAGGAUGCGGAUCUACGAGAAGGCCGACUUCAGUGGCCACAUGAUGGAGUUCAUGGACGACUGUCCCUGUGUGUCCGACCGCUUCCACCACCGCCACGUCUACUCCUGUAACGUCAUGAACGGCUACUGGAUCUUCUACGAGUACCCCAACUACCGGGGCAGGCAGUACCUCCUCCGCUCCGGGGAGUACCGGAGGUAUCGCGAGUGGUGCGCCACCUGCUCCAUCGUGGGUUCCUUCAGGAGGGUCACUGAGUUUUAG